AUGCCUAUCAGCCGGAACGUUGCCGUUGUGCAUGAUAUAGCGACGACUCCUGAGCAGCUGGAUGCAUUUAAGCGUGCGUGCCCCAACUCAUGUAAUUUCUUUCCUGUGAAGGAUGCGGUUCAGCUGCAGUGCGUAGUGCAGCAAAUCUACGCUGCGAGUCCCUCCACGUACGGUGCUGUGGUCAAUCUCUGCGCAGACAGAUCGGGCGGCGCCAACGAUGGCAUCACGUCCGCACUGGCUACUCUCUUGCUUCACCACGCGUCGCUGCCCUACACAGGGUGCCGUGCUACGACACUCAACCACCCGUUCGACAUUCUUCUCAUGAUGCUCUUCUACGCAGAGGUGCCGCUGCCGCCGUUUGCAAUAGUCGAUUCUGUGGAGGCCGCGGGGCGCGCGGCGCACCGGCUCAAGGCUCCGGUUCAGAUCCGCAAUACGUGCGGGCUGUUUGGACUCUACCAUGAGUGCUGUACAAUGCAGGGUGACAUGGAGGCGACCCUGGUACGCACUUUUCAUGAGCACGGAAAGAUCGUCGCGUGGGAGGUGAACGCGUCCAAGGAGCGUGCGGUGCGCGUGCUGGUCGCUGGCGGCUCGGUGAAGGGGGCGGCGGCCGCCAUUCCACUUGAGUCUUGCGCGGCGGCACCAUCGUGGGCUGCGCACGCAGAAGAAGUCGCGCGGCGUUAUGGUGCGGCGGUCAGUCGGUACGUCUUGUACGACUGCGGCGUGGCGUCUCUGACGCUUAACACGUCGAAAGAAGAGCCUGACAAGUGGUACUUCGAAGAUAUUGUGCUGAAUCCUGCCAUUGCUCACCUCAUGGUGCAGGAAGCUGUACCAAACUUGCUGUCGGAGGCACCGAGCACCGCAGAGUUGGUCGCCUCGCUGCUCGCAGAGGCGCAAAAGUGCCACCCGAGUCCAACCUUUGAAAUCAAGCUGCACGCGGACUCUCGAAAAGGGUACCACCUGUGUGCUGCCAAGACUCUUCGCAAGGGUGACGUGGUGUUCGAGGAUGAGUGCCGCAGCUUUGCGAUGGUAACGCGUCCGUACGUGGAGCAGCACUGGGAUGAUCCACUCAAGAAGAGGUUUACUGAGUACGCGUGGCCGCUGGACUCCGAGGGCCACUUAUACGCCAUCUGGGAGGAAGACCCGCAGCGGUGGCGGCCCGUCAAUCACUCAUGCGACCCAAACUGCAUCUUCGCCGCACCACACUCCCUCAACGUCAUCGCAGCGCGCGAGAUUGCAGCCGGUGAAGACUUGAGCAUGGACUACGCCACCUUCUGCGACGGAACAAUGAAGCCGUUCAGGUGCCUCUGCGGCGCGGACUGUUGCCGUGGUCUGAUCACCACCGAUGCAGCCUCACUCAUCAAAUACGGCGAGCACUCGUGGCUGCGAAAGGUGCCGUCAGCUGUGAAGCCUCUUCUUCCUUGA